CACGGUAUUUGUUAGUCACCUUUUCAAUCAAUAUAGCCGCAUAACAUACGGUUUUUCUGGACAAUUCUACAAGUCAGUUUCUCCAUCGUAAUAUUUUCCAAGGAUUGCAAGAUGUCGCACAUAGUUGAAUCGGGCAAAUCCGAUUUCGUCAAGGCAAAUGUGUCCAAUUCGCACAAUGAUGCAGUGGCCUUCGAGGUCAAGUUCGCGAAGGAUCUAACAGUGGCUCAGCUCAAGAGCAAGCUGGAGAUAUUGACGGGCGGAAGUGCGGGCACCAUGAAGGUGCAGGUCUUCAAGGGGGAAAACUGCUUAGCCACGAUGGACAACAACGACGCCCAGCUGGGUUACUAUGUCAACUGUGAUGGCCUUCGUCUGCAUGUGAUCGACAGCUUCGCUACCUUCUCUUUCGACAGUGCUUCUGUCGAGAAAUUCGAACUGUCCAUGGAUCAGUACGACCAGAGAACCGAUUCCGUACGCAGUUACCUUAAGCAGAAUCGCAUGGGAAAGUACAACGAGGAGGAGAGGCAGCAGGCGGAGGAGAAGAAGCGCCAACAGGCGGAGGAGAUUCUAAAAAGGGCGGAGCUCUGCGUUCUGGGUGGCAGAUGCGAGGUCGCCGUGCCCGGUAAUCCAACCAGACGUGGAACGAUUAGGUAUAAUGGUCAAUUAGAAGGAAAAACUGGUCAUUUCAUUGGCAUUGAAUACGACGAACCACUGGGCAAAAACAAUGGAAGUUUCGGCGGCAAGGCCUACUUUAGCUGUGCUCCAAAUUACGGCGGCUUUGUAUCGCCAUUAUCCGUCACGGUUGGCGACUUUCCGCCAGAAGAAUUCAACACAGAUGACGAACUCUGAAAAUAUUGGCGGGCCCACCCAAAGUUCGCUACAUCUCCGCAUCGCACAUGCCACUUUAACAAGAAGACUUACAAACCACUUAAAUUAUUUGUACGCAUGAAACCACAACACUAAUUAUAGUUAUGCCAUUUUGUAUUUAUUAAUUAAAACAUCUAUGUAUGUAUGUAUAUCAGAUAUUCUUACAACAUGAUUAUUCGUAAAUUCUAUAAUCGGCUUUAUCAUAAUUCUGAUUUACUGGUGUUCUCAAUCAUUUCGCUUUGUUUUACAUUAACUCAAUCGCUUGUAAACCAAAAUAAAUACCAGAAAUGAGUAUACAACUA